AUGGUCUUUCUUCCAACAGUACACGGACAAUGUAUCAAUGUUACCCUUCCCAACAUUCUCAACCUUGGAGAGUGCCUCGGAACUACACUGAGAACCUGUCCUGACACAUCGUCGGGCCUGAUACCGGACCUAACCCGCAUCCUUGGGUGUGUUCUUCAGAUUCUACCCCAGAUCGGAAGCCCCGUUUCGGUGCUGUAUAACGUGGUUGGGCUCCUUGAGGCUGUUCUUUCCCGACUGGGCUUGUCGGCUGAUAUCGGUGGUCUCACGGACAUCCUCUGCAAUCCACUCGGAAUACCAUUGUUCAGCUGUGGAAGCUUCAGUCCUGGAAACAUCGCCUGCCAGGAACCACUGCAGAUCAGCCUGCCCAGCGUGUUCAACAUUGGAUCGUGUCUGAACCGGACCCUCCUGUUUUGCGAAGAGGGAUCAACAAUUUCGGACCCAAUUCUGAGAGAACUGUUCCAAGCAGUUGGCUGCAUUCUGAGCGUCGCUCCGGAUGGCCUGCAACUGGACCUCAUUUCGAGCCUGGUGUGCCCCCUGGUGGACGUUCUCAACUCGUCGCUGAACGAGUUCACCUCACUGCUUCCUUUCCGGUCCCUCACACGUGGCAUCACCAAUGCUGUCAGUUCACUCACCAAUAACCUGCUCGGAGCCGUCGGUAACUGUAAGUAG